AUGUCAGACGGAAACAACGGAGCUACUGGAACAGUUACUGCUGCAGUGGCAGCGGCAGCGGCGGCGGCAGCAGGGAUCGGUCUCCUGCUGUUUGGCUCUUUUUCUAAGGCGAAUGAAGGUAAAACAAUGAAAGCACCAGGGCAGGAUCAUCGCAUACUAAGGAAAGGAUUUGAGGAAAAUCCUGCUGCCUAUUUCACGGAUUUGCACAGGAAGAAGUAG